AUGAUAUUACAGUUUCGUCGGCUGGCUAAUGCAUAUUUUGUUAUAAUAGUAUGUAUGAACUGGAUUCCUUGGUUUGGAGUAUACAACAAAUAUAUCGGCAUCAUACCUGUAGCCAUAGUCUUACUUUUAACUGCUAUUAAGGAUCUGAUAGAGGAUCUCAGAAGAAGUCACUCAGAUAAAGAAGUUAAUGGUAGAUUCUGUCAUGUGUGGAGCAGAAACGAUAACAGAUUUCGAAAAAUUGUGUGGAAGAACAUAAAAGUUGGUGACUUUGUUCAUCUGUCGGUCAACGAAAUAAUUCCAGCAGAUAUUUUGCUGUUACGGUCGUCAGAUGAAAGUGGAACUGCAUUUGUAGAAACAUCAAAUCUUGAUGGUGAGACUAGUCUGAAACAGCGAAGAGUACCAAGGCAUGCAAUUCCUUUCUCUGCUAAAGACAGCAACUUUAUACCAACCGAUUUUCGAGCAACAGUAGGUUGCGAACAUCCAAACAACGAAGUUUACCAAAUGGUUGGUAGAAUUGUUUAUGACACAGAUCCUGAAUUUGCAAAAAAAUCAAGGUAUUCAAGCAUCUAUGAGAGCGGUGUGCUGGAUGUGAUCUGCCCAGAAAACAUGCUCCUUCGAGGAUGUCGAAUUCGAAAUACAACAUUUGUUGAAGGACUGGUCUUGUAUACCGGUAAGGACACAAAAACUGCACGAAACAAUAGUGGCCCGCGUUACAAAAGAAGCUCGCUGGAAGUGUCAACGAACAAAUUUAUAUUAUGCUGCGUUGUGAUACUCGUUGUGAUGUGUCUAAUUGGUGGAAUUGCAUCAAUUUUAUGGUUUUUGUCAUUUGACUCUAAAUUUGAGGAUGAUAUUAUUUACAUUAACCGCGUUUCCACAUCUCCAGUAGUUGAGGGCUUGAUCAUGUUCGCAGCUAGCAUCCUUAACUAUCAGGUGCUAAUACCAUUGGCUCUCUAUAUAUCUAUAGAAGUAGUAAAAUUGGGGCAGCUGUUUUUUUUUCAUUGCGACCUUGAGAUGUACGAUGAGAAAUCCGAUACUGCGAUGGAAUACAAAUCAUUCAAUAUUCCUGAAGAACUUGGACAAAUUCAGUAUAUAAUGUCGGACAAAACAGGAACUCUGACAGAAAAUGUAAUGGUAUUUCGCCGUUGCAGUAUAGCUGGUGUUGAGUACUGCCAAGACAUUCCAUACGACUUGUCACAGGAUGAAGUAAAAGCUGACAACGUUGUAAUUAGUCAAAAUUUGGCUAAUACUCUAGAGGACGAAUUCAACUCAAAUCAGAUGCUUUUUGACUUCUUCUUAAAUAUGGCGAUCUGCAAUACCGUUGUUGUUAACAAGCACCGUCGUAUGGAUUCUAUCGGUACUGCACUAGCCGAAUCUGUAACUAAUGACAUCUCCAGUCAAAAUGCGUAUGGAACGGGAAUUCCCCAUCCUUUGUUGAAUAGUUCGUUUACUGGUCCUUCAGCAAGGUUAGACGAUAUUACAGAAGAACGAGAAGAAGAAUACGAAUCUGAUCGAAAUGACAAAUGUACAGAAAACCGUUCUCGAGAACCACUAGAGAAAAAUUUGGUUUCUCAAUCUUUGUCAACUCCACUUAGGAAAUUGUCGUCACUAGGUAGCUUUACAAAAAGACUAAUUUCUAAAAGAAGGAAAGAUUUCGAGAAGAAAAAUUCAACAUUUGCCAAUAUGCCAGCCGUUUAUGAGGCCGAAAGUCCAGACGAAUUAGCACUAGUUUUUGCUGCUCGAAAAUAUGGAUUAAAGAUGUGUAGAAGAACUACCGAGUUGAUAACUUUGGUGACUCCAACACAAGACUUAUUGAAUGUUCAUAUUCUCAAAGUUCUUCCUUUUGAUUCAAAAAGAAAAAAAAUGUCUAUCAUUGUUCGGCUUAAAAAUGAAAUUGUGGUUUACUGUAAAGGUGCAGAUUCUGAAAUUUAUGAUUCGCUCUCACCAGCAUUUCUGCAGUCUGCAGAAGGUUGCCUGAUGUGGAAGAACACAAAACAACAACUGGAGGUUUUCAGUAGCUUUGGUUUAAGAACUCUCUGCCUCGCAAAGAGAAUAUUAACUCCAAAGGAGUUUGAUGAAUGGUCAGUGCUACAUUCUGAGUUGGAGAGCGACGCUGGUCUAGCUGGUCGAGAGGAGAAGCUACAAAAUUCUUUCAAAUUAGUUGAGUCUGACUUAACGCUUCUUGGUGUAACCGCUAUUGAAGAUCGGCUUCAGCACGGUGUCAAAGAUGCUAUAAAACAUUUGCAAGAAGCAGGUAUACAAUUUUGGCUUCUGACUGGCGAUAAAAUGGCAACAGCUAAGAACAUAGCUCGGUCUUGCGGCCUAUUUCCUAAUAACUGCGACAUUCAUGUAAUUGAGGAAAAAGAAGAUGUUCAAAUAGCAUACGAAACUGUGAUGCAGCGUCAGUCAAUUCGACCCUCAUGCCUUGUUUUAACAGCUAAGUCAUUGACGCUGAUCAAGGAUCUGAUGCCCAAAAGGAAGAAGCGUCGAUGUUACUUAUUUUUUUCACGCGUUUCUGAAUUGCCUUCGCAGCUACUGUUUUUGAUUGAGCAGAUGACACCAUCAAAUAAAGCCGAGGUAGUAGAAUUUGCGAUGAAAUGUUUGAGGGGUAAAGUUUUGGCAAUCGGAGAUGGCGCAAAUGAUGUGCCUAUGAUUCAAAAAGCUGAUGUUGGUAUUGGCAUCGCUGGCCAAGAAGGAAUGCAAGCUGUUAUGGCAUCAGAUUUCGCUCUUUCACGGUUCAGAUAUCUUGAAAAAUUGUUGCUUGUACAUGGUCACUGGUCCUACAGCAGAAUAGCUAAUACAUUAUUAUAUUUUCUGUAUAAAAACGUGAUGUAUGUAUUUGUAAUGUUUUGGUGUCAAUUAUAUAAUGGGUUUUCUGGCGAAACACCGUUUGAUUUAGUUUAUUCAAUGAUUUACCCGAUAGUUUUUACAGGCGCACAACCUUUAAUUUUUGGCAUCUAUGAUCAAGUAGCUAGUAAAGAAGUUUUACUCAAUGCUCCUCACUUAUAUGAGAUCACACGCGAAGGAAAGCUUUACGGGGCACGACAUUUUUGGCUGAGUGUUGCUGAUGGUAUAUGGCAAAGCGCUGCUGUUUACUUUAUUGCUCAGUGGACCUACUGGAAUACUGAGACUGGUUAUUACUCAUUCGGGUUUCUGCUUCUCACAUCGGUGUUUUUUGUACAAAUUAUUCAUUUGGCAAUGGAAACACACUGCUGGACGGUUCCAAUUUGCGUUGUUUACGGAUUCUUUAUAUUUGUGCACUUCAUCUUCUUCUUCUUGGAAGGUGCCAUAAUACAACCCGUUUGGAAUUACAAAGACAUACCGGCUGACGUUGCCGUACAUGCAGUUGUAACCUUACAAUUUUGGCUCGCUUUAUUGCUGUCUGCCACUGUUGCUUUGUAUCCCAGAGUUGUCCUCAAAACUGUCAUCAACACCUACAAACCGUCGACGAUUUUUGUUGAGACAGUUCAGAUGAAGAACAAAUCGUCAAGGAAAGUUGAUGUUGCAGCAGUCUGUUAG